UUGAGCUCACACGCUGGACUGAGCGCUCACAGACACCACUGCUCUAGUAUUCUGCUUCUUCAGCUCAGCCGCUGCGUCUUUCCUCUUCACUUUCUCCUCUGUCAGUCUCUCUCUCUCUCGUGUGAGUGGUAAAGUGGGCAGGACGGUGCCAGAACAGCAGAUGUUUCGAUCGCAGCACUCCCUGCCCGCCAACAACUGAAGUCAGUGCUCCAGAGAAACCUUGUGGGACUCAACAAGCAAAACAAGCAACACUUCACAACCUCCGGACUCUAAAGCCCAGCUGACUUUGCUCCACCAAUCCCCCCCACCCCAUCCUCCCUAGCUUUUGCUUUCUAUACACUUUCUCUGUGCUCUUCCACUUUAUGGAGUUUCCUGCAAGUGCUUUAGUCAUCCUUUGCUCUGCUAGUUAAAGAUGAGGUGGACAUUCGUAUACGGGGGUCUUCUGUUAGUCAUGUUGCUACUGACUUCAGCGGAUGCCAGAGGAACUCUCUAUGGAAGUCCAUACAGAUACAAUCUACACAAGUCUGGGAGCGUCCCACAGUACAACCCUGGAAAACCAACGGGCCACCAUAAGAACUUCUGUGCCUAUGUUGUGCAGAAGAACGUCACCUGCGUAAUGCAAGAUGGAGUGGCCACAUAUGUCAAACCAGAGUACACUACCAAGUGCAUAUGGGGACAGAAAUGUCCUGUGCUCAUGUAUCGGACACUCUUUAAACCACAGUACAAAAUCGGUUACAAAACCCUCAGUGAACUGGAGUGGCGUUGCUGCCCAGGUCACUCUGGAGAGAACUGUGGUGAUGGGACGACCUCCAACCCAGAUGAGAUGAUGCCCCCCUUCAAAGGCUCUUUCCCUCAGCCCGGGGUGAACGGUUACCCCAGGGGUCAUCCCAAUAUCCCUGUAUCAAGGCUGGAGCCUGGUAAACCGUUCCCCUUUCCUGGAGGUCACCCUGACAGCAAACCCAUCCCUAGUGGACACCUGCCACCAGAAUCUCCUAAAACAAGUUAUAGUCCAAAAGCAGGAGUCUCGGGUGAACGUUUAGACCGCAUUGAAGAAAACCUUCGCAAACUCUCUCAAGAUCUGGUAACCUUGAAUGGCUUAGUGACUGGCAUUGAGGAGCGUCUGCGAGUCUCUCUUCGUGAAGACACUAAGAAGAUUCUGACCACCCUGCUCGGUGGCGUCCCGCGGCUGCUGGAUACCUCUGUGGGCUUCGGGCUGAUCCCAGAGGGCACGCCCAACGGCUUCGAUGGUGAGGAGAACCUCCCUGGGUUUGGAGAGCUGGUGGGAAGGGUGAUGGAGGUCAAAGAUGAGCUGAGGGCCAAGAGCGACAUGCUGGAUGAGAUCCGUGGGAUGGUGAUAGGACACGACGGGCAGCUGAAGAAGCUGAUAGACACUGCCACAGGGAGGCCCAUCCCUGGAGAUCAGAGACAUCUAGAGGAUCUUCUGGACUCCAGAUUGACCGGCAUGAGGGCGGAGGUCCUCGAUGGCUUCGAGAGGAGGCUGACAGGUCUGGAGGACCACUGUGAUGAGAGAAUCGGUCAGGUUCAGCAGCAGUGUCACAAGGAGCACCUAACAGGUCAAGAACAGAUCCAACUUUCGCUGGACGGCCAUGAGACGGGCUUGAGGAAAGAGCUGGGUGAACUGCAGGCACAGAUCCAGGGUCUGACGGUGACCGAGAGCUGCUGCGGUGAGAUAAACAGCCUGAGCCAGAGAUUGUUCCAGCUGGAGGACUCGAUUACAGGCCUGACCGAGUCCCAGAGGCAGCUGCAAGUGGACCUGACUGAACAGACGCUCCACAUCGAGACCCUGCUGGAGACCCGGCUGGUGGACAUGGAGGGUAAAAUUAACGCCUCUGAACACGGACACCGAGAUGGGCUAGGGCCUGAGUUCAGCUCCCUGGAUGGGUUUAAGACUUUGUUAGAUGAGAAGCUAAAGACGUUGGAGCGACGUUUGUUUGUAGCAGUUGAGGAGUUGAGCAAUGCCACAGCCCCGGCGCUGCUAGAGGGGCAAGUGGUGCCGGCGCUGGAGACAGAGAUCGACAGCAUCCGGAGGAGGGUGGAGGCUGACUUAGAUGGGAUGCAGAAGCAGAUGUCCGUCCUUGAGCUCCUCUGCACCUCCGCCUGCUCCCCUGUCUCUGGCCCAGAGACGGCCCUCAUCCAGACUGAGGUGGAGAACUGUAAGGAAACAGAAAAGAAGAUGCUGGACCGCCUGGAUGAGCACUCAAACAAACUGGACCAUCUCAACAGCACCUUACAGGGUGUCCUGACACAUCUAUCCCAGGAGGACACAGAGGGCACCAUCCAGGGGGAAAUCACACUCCUGAAGAUCAACGUCAACUCUGUCAACCGUACCCUGAAAGGGCUGCGUGAUUCGGUCAGCCUGUUCGCUCGAGAAGUCGGCCAGGUGAAUUCCACCUGGCAGGAUCGGGAAAGCCGGCUGGUCACGCAGGUGCAGGGCAUCUCGGAUCUGGUGGAGCGACAGACAUCUAUGCUUGGAUCCGGGGAGCGGAGGCUGAUCCAGGUGAAGGCGGAGCUACAGAGCUUGCGACGGAGGCUAACCGGGGAGCUGCAGGGAUGUCGCAGUACAACACAGGGAAUGCAGCAAGAAGUGAUGGGGGUGGAAAGUCGAGUCACCCAGGUCGAAGGACAGUGCAGCGGUCUAGGUGAGCUAGCUGAUGACCUUGAGAGAAUCCGCAGUGAGCUGGAGAGACAUUCGGACAGCUUCCUGGUGCAAGUCAACGGGACGCUAGCGAGCCAUUCUGAGCAGCUGGUCCAACUGAAGGACGGUCUUAAAGACUGCAAGAGCAAAACGGACCCCUCAAGACUGCGGGGUGACAGUCAUUAGACCUUAUUAUUAAAGGAACUACAAGGCCUGAGGAUGUACAAAUUUGCAAUAUUUUUGUUCCCUCAGCAGGGCAUUUUGUCUCCUAUUUCUUUGUUUUAAGCCUUUAUAUCGUUUUAACUGAGUUUUGUUAACUUAUAUGAAGAAAGUUUGAGUGCAUUAUUAAACACAUUUGACAAUUUGUUAAAUGAAAUAACAAAACAUGCAAACAAACAGGCAAAUGAAUGUUAUGGCACUACUAAGCUGCUACGGGUUUCUAAUGGCAAGUACUGUUCACUACCUUCUCAUCUCAGCAUCCCAGUCAUCUCCUGAUCUUAUUACUGUUUUAAUUACUGUUUUAUAACAGGACAUUUUAUAAAAGUUUUGAUGUGUGUAAAAUGGAUUGUUUAAAAUAUAUAUUUCACAUUAUAAAAGUUUUUCUGAGAGAUUAUAAUUUUUCAUUAAUAAAAGUGGGUUGUGUGAAAGUAUGUCAAUUAUUUCCUUUAUAUUCUGUUAGGACUUCAUUUGUGGAAGUUCCAGUUAUGAGCACCCAGUAUCAUGAAGAACUCAAACAAACCAGUGUGGGUGUGUUAGAUAAGGCAGACAUACAGCAUGUGCAGGUUUGAAAACCACUCAGCUAGAACAGUGGCUACGAUACACGUUACUACUGAAGAAUAAAACAUCAUCAGCACAUGCUAGUGGUAAAAAAAAGAGCAUGAUGAACAGUUUGGCAGUUUUUACUGAACCACAGACAACAUCAGAGGCAUCUUACCUGGGCCAAGGGGAAGAAGAACUGGACUGAACUGGACUGACAGUGGUCCAGAGUCCUCUUUUCAGAAGAGAGCAAGUUUUGUAUUUCAUUUGGAAACCAAGGAGAAGCUGAUAGCCAAAGUUUCUUGAAGUCCAGUGUUAAGUUUCCACAGUCUGUGAUGAUUUGGAGCACAAUGUCAUCUGCUGGUGUUGGUCUGUUGUGUUUUUUGGAAACCAAAGUCACUGCAACCGUUUACCAAGAAAUCAUUUUGGAGCACUUCAUGCUUCCUUCUGCUGAACAGCUUUUUGAAGAUGCUGAAUUCAUUUUCCAGCAGGAUUUGGCACCUGCACACACUGCCAAAAGCACCAAAAGCUGGUUAAAUGACCAUGGUGUUUGUGAUCUUGACUGGCCAGCAAACUCACCAGACCUGAACCCCAGAGAGAAUCUGUGGGCUACUGUCAAGAGAAGGAUGAGAAACAAGAGACCAAACAAUGCAGAUGAGCUGAAGACCACUGUCAAAGAAACCUGCGCCUCCAGACCUCUUCAGCAGUGCCACAAACAGAUCACCUCCAUGCCACGCUGAACUGAGACAGGAAUUAAAGCAAAAGGACAUUUUUUUUUUUUUAUUGGUCUCAUGAAGUAUUCUAAUUUGUUGAGAUAGUGAAUUUUGGGUUUUUGUUAAAUGUGAGCUUAAAUCAUCACAAUUAAAAGAACCAAAGUCUUAAACUA